AUGCUGACAUUUCGAUUUGCUUUUCUGGUCCCAACAGUGAACAAAGCGCCCGUCUACGCCCCCGUCGACGUCUGUAAAGCGGACGGUGUCACCCUGAUCCCCGCUGCCGAGGCCAACUCUGGACAAAGUGGCUGCAACGGUGGUAACAACUUCAUGUGCAGCUGCAUGCAGCCUUUCGACGACACUUCGGACUCAACCCUUGCCCUCGGUUUUGCAGCCUUCACCACCGGUCAAGAGUCCGACACCGACUGUGCCUGCUACUACGCCGAAUUCGCUCACGAUGGUCAAGGCAAACCCAUCAAGCGCAACAAGCUCAUCUUCCAAGUCACCAACACGGGUGGCGACGUCCAGAGUCAGAACAUCGAUUUCCAGAUUCCCGGUGGUGGAUUGGGUGCUUUCCCUCAGGGCUGUCCGAAGCAGUGGGGUGUGGCUGCUUCUCUGUGGGGUGAUCAGUAUGGCGGGGUUAAGACUGCUUCUCAGUGCAAAAACUUGCCGGGACCGCUGCAGGAGGGCUGCGAGUGGAGGUUUAGCGACUGGGGUGACAAUCCGGUGCUCAAAGGUUCGCCGAAGAGGGUCAGGUGUCCGAAGAGCUUGAUCGACCGCUCGGGUUGCCAGCGCAAGGACGAUAAUACGGCCAGUGCGUAUUCGGGUAGGAUCAGCAGCGAGAAUGCGGCGGCUCCUGCUCAGCACAAGCGCGAUCGAAGCGUUUGCUUGGCCGGUGGAAAGAAGCAGGGCUAUUCGGCGGGUGGCGUAGCUGGUACUGGCGGUACUGUGGAUGGUGAUCAGGGUAAGCCUCAGGGUUACAGUCCAGAAUCGGCUGGCAAUGGAAAGGAUACUGGUGUCGGAUCCGGUUCAGGCUCGAAUCCUCCCCAUUCCGGCGGCGACAGUGGCUCUGCUCAGCCUCCCGCUUCGGGUGACGGUGGUCAGGGAGGCAACGGUCCUCUCACCUCUCCUUCCAGGGGUCACAAGAAGUGCCGUAGCUCGCACUAA